CUCUCAUCGUGAGUACAUGCUCAACCUGGACAAGAAGGGCACACAGCUCAAGUACUUCUCCCAGAAGCAGGACGUGAUCCUGAUCAAGAACAUGCUAGUGUCGGUGCAGCACCGCUGGGAGCGCGUCGUCUCCAAGGCGGCCGACCGCACGCGCGCACUCGACGUCGGCUACAAGGAGGCCAAGGAGUUCCACGACGCUUGGGCCGACCUCUGCGGCUGGAUGGACGAGGCGCUGCAGGCCCUGGAGAGUGCCGACGCCUCGCUCGGCAACAACCCCAACAAGAUCCGUGCGCUGCUCGAUAAGCACCGCGAGUUCCAGCGGGCGCUCGGUGGCAAGCAGUCCAGCUACGACCACGUUAUCAAGCUGGGUCGCGCGCUCAUCAAGGACAAGGCGCCCAAGAUCGAGGAGCCCAUCAUCCGCGACAUGCUCAACGAGCUCAAGGACAAGUGGAACGCCUGCUGCAACCAGUCGGUGGCGCGCCAGCGCAAGCUGGAGGAGGCGCUGCUCUUCAGCGGCCAGUUCAAGGAAGCACUGGAGGCGCUGUUGGAGUGGUUGCGGAAGCGGGACGCCGCCCUGGACGACAACGCGCCGGUGCACGGUGACCUUGACACUGUGACUGCGCUCUGUGAGCAGCACAAGACCUUCGAGCAGGAGCUGGAGGGCCGUGGCACCCAGGUGCAGUCCGUCCAGAAGACGGCCGAUGAGCUGAUGAGCAAGGCUGACAAGAAGGACGCGGCCAUCAUCAAGACGCAGGUGACAGAGCUUACGACGGCCUGGACCAAGGUGGUGAAGUCGACGGAGCUGCGCAGCAGCCGCCUGAAGGUGGCGCUUCAGGACGCCGAGGAGCUGCAUAAGGCCGUGCACAUGCUGCUGGAGUGGCUGAGCGACGCCGAGAUGCGACUGCGCUUCGUGGGCGCGCUGCCGGUCGGCGAGGAGGAGGCGCAACAGCAGGUGGAGGAGCACGCCGCCUUCCGCAAGGAGCUGGCCGGCAAGGAGGGCGAGAAGAACGACACGCUGCGUCUGGCGGCCGAGAUCCUCGAGAAGGCGCACCCGGACGCCGUGCCGGUCAUCAAGCACUGGCAGACCAUCAUCGAGUCGCGCUGGGACGAGGUCAGCAGCUGGGCGCUGCAGCGCCAGAACCGGCUGGACGAGCACCUGGCCGGCCUGAAGGAUAUGCAGGAGCUGCUGGACGAGCUGCUGCGCUGGCUGCAGCAGCGCGAGCGCCGGCUGGUGGAGCUGGAGCCCAUACCGCUGCCCGACGAUCUGCCCAGCGUGGAGGGGCUCAUCCAGGAGCACCAGGAGUUCAUGGAGGACCUGCAGUCGCGCCAGCCGGACGUUGACGGUAUCUGCAAGCCCAAGCCGAAGGGCCUGCGCAAGGGAUCCCGGGCGAAGAGUCCUUCCCCGGCCCGCUUCGCCGAGAGCCCUCGGAGACAAAGCCAAAUCACCCCCGACCGCGAGGGAACGCCAGCCAGGAGGAGGGUGGGCAGCCCGGGCCGCGAGACGACGCCCGACAACUCGGCCUGGCCUCGCAUCGGCCCCGUCUUCGCCGGCGGCCCGUACCCGCCGGGCAGCAGGAGGCCCAGCCGGCACAGCAUCAGCGAGCCGUCGCUUAAGAGUCCGCACCAGCGCCAGCUGUGGGACACGUGGCGCAACACGUGGAUGCUGGCCUGGGAGCGCCAGCGCCGCCUCCAGGACAAGUUCAGCUACGCCCAGGAGAUGGAGAAGCUGCAGAACUUCGACUUUGACGAGUGGCGCCAGAGGUUCAUGAAGUAUGCCAAUCAGAAGAAGAUGCGCAUCACCGACCUAUUCCGACGAAUGGACGUUGACAACGACGGUUUCGUCACCAAGGACGAGUUCAACGAGGGCAUCAUGAGAACACACUUCCCGACCUCGGCGCUCGAAAUGCAGCUGGUCGCUGACCGUGUCGACAAGAACCAGGACGGCCUCAUCGACUACAACGAGUUCAUGGCAGCACUUCGGCCUGAUUGGGAGAAGAACCGGCCGCUCACCGAGGCCGAGAAGAUCGACGACGAGGUCAAGAAGGCCUGCAGCGCCUGCAACUGCCGCUCCAAGUUCAAGGUCUUCCAGGUCGGCGAGGGCAGAUACCGGUUCGGCGACAGCCAGAAGCUGCGCCUGGUGCGCAUCCUGCGCUCGACAGUGAUGGUGCGUGUCGGCGGCGGCUGGGAGGCGCUCGACGAGUUCCUCGUCAAGAACGACCCGUGCCGAGCCGGCGGUCCGCGGGAGUUCCGGCUCACCCGCCGCCUGCUGCUCGAGGAGCGCCACGAGCCCGGAUGCCCGAUGACGGACCAGCCUAAGGGACGCACCAACGUGGAGCUUCGCGAGCAGUUCAUCCUCGCGCCGGGGGUGUCGCAGAGCAUGGCGCCAUUCAAGGCCAAGGCCGGCAGCCCGUCGUCGCCGCGGUCGACAUCUGUGCCUACGGCCGGGCCCAUCACCAAGGUGCGUGAGAAGACUGGCCGCAGCAUCCCGUUGUCGCGCGCCUCGCUGUCGGGCCCGCCGGGCGCGGCGGGCGCCGAGCUGAGUCCUCACGACGGCUUCAGGCUGCGCAAGGCUAGCACGCCGCUGCGCAGCUCGCAGGGCGGCAGCAAGCCGCCGAGCCGCGCCAGCUCCGAGGCCAGCCUCGAUUCGGUCGACGCCCGGCCGACCCCCUACCGCGCCGGCACGCCCGGCCAGGCGGCGCAUCGCGGCGCGCGCAAGGGCUCUGCGACGCCAAUGAGUAAAACCUCGUCGUCCGGCCAGAACGGCGCCUCGAACGGUGCGGACGGCACUCCGCAGCAGAGUGGGCGGCUCAGCCGGUCUCGUGCCUCGUCUCAGACCAACCUGACGACGGCUGGCAAGACACCUAACGGCCGCAGGCCUGGCGGAGGUGGUUCGCAAAUUCCUGUGUCGUCCAUGAAGAGGGAGCGCUCCAGCUCGAAGAUCCAGCGCCGGUCAUCCACUGCCAGCGACACGCCCCGGGGGCAAGCCAAGAAGCCCCUCUGGCACUGACCCGGCGCGGCCAGCCCCUCCCUGACCCCCAGACUGAAGGGACCACGCCUGCAGCGGCCAGCUGGCUUAUCACCCCACUUAUCCGAACACGGGCCAGAGCGGAGCAGCUAGUGCAUAAUGAUCACUAACACACACACUGCGAGGUACUCAUCCUCGGCUCUAACAGUCUUUCUAUCGUUAAUGAUGUUGGCAGCCUGCGUCGCGACGCGUCGUGUAUUGUCAUGUUAUUUUUGUCGGGCGCGGGCCCCGCCGGCGUCGGUGUGCGCGUGACUGCGGCGCCACGCCGCUAUCGUGCGCCAGAACUACUCGAGAGAGACUAAUCGUAGACGCUGGCGUGCACGCACGUGUACGGGUUUUCUAAUGUUUUGUAUGCGCUUGAGAAGCGUGUGUGACGUGCUCAGAGGCAUCUAUUGCUUGUUAAAAGACUUGGCAUGUGAGAGAAGCCGGUUGAGGCGCGUUAUUGGGCGAAGCGUGGGUGCGACGCCAGCUGACGACCCGCCGCCUGACGUCACCGGCUUUCGAGUGAUGCGGCAGAGUGUGUGCUGGUUCGCAGUGCUGUGUCUGGACUGUCCUGCGAGCCGGCUGAUCGGCACUGGAUUCGGAGCGGUCCUGCGCGGCCUCCGAUUGGUCGGUGGUUAACGUCCUAAUCAAAUGAUGUAACAUGUCGAUGUCCAGCAAACCGCUUGAAUAAACCGUUUGACCACUU